GCGCCUACAGAGACUUACAAGAGGAAGCACGUUGAUCCCUGUUCCCCUAAACCCCAGUUCCCAUUUCCUUACCUCUUGAUAAUGUCAACGACGGACGAACAAAUUCCAGAAAAGAACUUCCAAUCUCUAUCCAUGGAGGAUCAUCAAAACUUGAGCUCUACUCAAUCCUCCGACGGAUUGUCUUUGGAGAAAAGAUUUGAGAUUAUAAGGAGUAUUGGGGAGGAAUGCAUUCAAAAUAAUGAGUUGAUGGAACUCCUUAAAAAGAAACCUGAGCCUAUUUGUUACGAUGGCUUUGAACCUUCUGGUCGAAUGCAUAUUGCCCAGGGGGCUAUGAAGGCAGUCAAUGUAAACAAGCUGAUAUCUGCUGGUUGUCGGAUAAAGAUGUGGAUUGGGGAUUGGUUUGCUUUCCUAAAUAACAAAAUGGGCGGUGAUUUAAAGAAAAUUGAAGUUGUUGGUAAGUACUUCAUUGAAAUCUGGAAGGCGGUUGGAAUGAAUAUUGAUUCUGGAAAAGUUGAGUUUCUAUGGUCAUCCAAAGAAAUCAACGCACAUUCAGCUGAGUACUGGCCUCUUGUGAUGGAUAUAGCUCGAAAGAACAAGCUGCCAAGACUUCAACAGUGUUGUCAAAUUAUGGGUCGUGAAGAUCCUGAAGAUUUAUCGGGUGCCCAAAUCUUGUAUCCCUGUAUGCAAUGUGCUGAUAUUUUUUUCCUCAAGGCGGACAUUUGCCAACUUGGAAUGGACCAACGCAAGGUCAAUAUGCUUGCUCGGGAGUAUUGUGAUGAUAUUAAAAGAAAGCAUAAGCCUAUCAUUUUAUCGCAUCAUAUGCUUCCAGGCUUGCUCCAAGGGCAGGAAAAGAUGUCAAAGUCUGACACUUCAUCUGCUAUUUUCAUGGAAGAUGAGGAGGCUGAAGUUAAUUUGAAGAUUAAGAAAGCUUACUGCCCACCUAAGAUUGUUGAGGGCAAUCCAUGUCUGGAAUAUGUGAAAUGCAUAAUUUUGCCGUGGUUCAAUGAAUUUACUGUUGAACGCAAAGCCGAACAUGGAGGACCUAAGACCUACCACGAGUUUAAUGAUAUAGCAACUGAUUAUGAAGCAGAAGAUCUGCAUCCUGGGGACGUGAAACCUGCAUUGUCAAAGGCUCUAAACAAGAUUCUGCAGCCUGUCCGAGAUCAUUUUGCCAACAAUGCCGAUGCCAGAGACCUAUUAAAGCGAGUUAAGUCCUACAGGGUAACCAGGUGAAGCGAACCAAAAUGCAUCACUUCCCUUCACUGCUUAUAUAUCGAUCUUGGUUAUGUCCACUCACUCCCUUCGUAACAGCAUUGAAUUUAGAUGGCUGACCAUCUUCCAAAGCUUUACACUUUUGGAAUGUGAUAAUGGAGCAAAUCAUUGAUUUUGAUUCAAGUUUUGUUUAUUUUUGAUUUUCGACAUUAAUAUGUAAACAAGUUUUGUUGGAUUUAAUUUUAUCAAUUAGUAAAGUACGGGUUUUUGAGCUUGGAUUUCUUUUGUUUUUGAACGGGGCUGCCCAUGCUAUAGUGUUUUGUGGUAUUUUUUGAUUUUUUGCCAAAGGGGAAUCCAAUUUGUAAUGGUUGUCCUUGAGCUACAUGGGUGAAGCGUAUAUCAUGAAAUCGAUUGACUUUGGAGGGCAAAGGUCACGAAUGGGGUAACGAGCUCAUGGUUACAUUGUGGUUUGAGCUUCGAAUCUAUAACCUGGUAUAUAAUAUAUUACAUAUGAAGCUCAAUCUAACUUGCUUAUCUAUGAGUGUAAACAUUAAACUUUUGACUAGAAUGAUAUCGGGUUGUUCUUCUUGGACCGGGUCAUCGGGUUUGAAUAGAAUGAU